AUGGUUCUGAGCGUGGCAGCUGUGUUGCUCUGUGCAUUCCAGGGCGAUGAGCCCGUCAAGCUGCGCCUGCUGUGUCGGUCGGGUCUGGAGGGGAAGUCUACUACCCAAAGAGCUGAGUGUGUCUGUGCUGUGCCGGUGCUUGACAGACAGAGGGGCUUCGAAGGUAGAGCGCAAAAACCAAAUAGCAUAGAGAGGGUGAAAAGCCUUCGCGAGUGGAUUGGCGGGGAGAUGGGAAGAGGCAACGUGUGGGUGAGGGACGAAGAAGGGGAUCAAGCCUGGGAUUGCAAUGCAAAGGCGACCAAGCCAGCACAGCAGAUCGUAAAGAAAACGGGCAAGGGCCACUUUUCGGGAGGCGGCGCCAGAGAAGCAGUAACAGCCAUCUGCCUGUCCGAGCUAGGGGAUGCUGCGGCCGUCGCAGGGUUCUUCUCUCAGUCAUGGGUAGAUGGUUGGGAUGGGUGGAAGGAGCUUGGGGAGAGCCCCUCUGACGCCGCAGCCAAAGAGGUGGCCCAGCGUUUUCUUCGUGUGGCCCAAGCAAAUAUCCCGACGCAGGCGAAGACGAAUGCAGCGCGACUGCAAGAGCUACAGCGCUUGGGCUUGGAGUUGAUCACAGCGGAGUCGUAUGGAGUCAACAAUUGUCUGAUUGAUUCGCUGGCGCUGGGCCUGCACUUGCAGGGAGUGUGUCCCGAGCAGAUGACGGCGGAGGCACGGCGUGAGAUGUGCGCAGAUUGCCGCACGCACUUGCAAAAGCAAUUUGGUGUGCCAGAAGGUGUGUUCUUAGACGGGCACAGAGACGCACCGCGAAUCUUGGAAUAUUUUUUGGUGGAACGCUGGAAGCAGAGUGGGUUUGUCCGUGUCAGAUUCCAUGACCCCCUGGACCACGCGGAGUUGAUGAUGGAAACGUCAGAUCUACAGACAUGUGAAUACAAAACACCAGAUUGCGGCAGCGCCUCCGGCAUAGAGCUGCAUGUCUACAACCACAAAACUGAAGCAGGACAAGGCUUCCACUUUGACCUGUUGCGUCCAGCAACGAGGCAGGAGGGCCCCAGCCCCAGCGCGCGUGAAGUGAAGGCAACGGCUCGCAGAAACAGAAGCAGCCCAGGUGCGCGCAAGAGGACACGAGUAGGUGUACGUGCAUCAGUUCGACGAGGCGCUGCUCUGACGCAACGGCCACCCAGAGACAGCGCAGGUGGCAGAGGCCAGGUUGAAAGAAAGCGCAAAGGUUUAGAGACUGGCAAGCGUCAAGCGGUGGAGUGGCGCCCACAGAAACGGUUGCGCACAAAAACAGCGGCGCCCGCCAGUGAAGAUCUUGCGGCGCUGCAUAAGCCCACAGAAGACGGAGCCUGGUUUGAAGAUGACUUAUACCUCCUGAGUUUGGACGCUGUCGAAAGGAGCAGCGACCCAAGACGUCGCGAAGAAGUGCGCAUCCAGCGGCUAGGUGAGGAGAUGAGCGAUAAGCCCACGUUGCCAUGGGGACGGCAACAAGUGGACGGAACUGUCGCAUAUGAUCUGUCAAAUGUACAUUGCAGCUUUAAGGCGUGUGAGUUCCAAGCAGACAGCGAGGAAGAGCUGAUUGCGCACAUAGGGGUAGCGCAUAAGGACGCUUUUGCAAAGACCUGGGACGAAGUGCUGACACAAAAAGACCAGCUGCGGCUGUACAGGGCAGCCAUGACUUGGCGUUGCCAGCAGUGCGCACCGAUAGCAAAUGUCUCCAUAGACAGGCGCGCUCUGAGAGCAUACCGGCAAAGCUUGGAAGCAGACAAUGUUUCGACAUUGCUGCGCUUUGUGUGUGCACAGAAGUACCCGCAUAUAACGACGGGGCGUAACCAAUCAAUAGGUUGGGUGCGACCGGUGAACAGCAGUCAGAGUUCAAUUUUCGGCCUGAACAUGGUAGAGGCAGAGAAGCUCUUGGGCAUGGACUCCUAUGUGCGACAAUACGUAGCGGGGGCAACGGAGUUUGCCGAAGCAGAGAUGAGGCGAGAACUGCAGGAGUGGUCAUGUGUUGUAGAGCUGCAGGGUGAGCUACCACAUUGUGGGGAAGUGCUACGGCAAAUGGUGAGUGUAAUCGUGAAAAGUGCCCAUGCCAAAGGGGAUGACUUGGAGGUGGGCCGCGUCAUACACCAGGCGCGCGUGCGGCGCAAAGUCGUAGUGCGGCUGAUCGAAGAUGCGGUGAAGCGCGGGCACCCCGCUUACCAACAAGUAGAAAUGGAAGCCAUGUAUUACAAGGCGUCCAGUCUGCCAGAAGACGGCGUGCCCAAAGAAGUCAUUUCGGUGCUGCCCCUAGAUGAUGCUCUGAACCAAAUUAUGCGACAGAAAGCGGCCACGCCAGUGAGAGAGGCAGAAGAAUUCAAGCGCAUGAUGAAGCCAAAUGCUGUUGUGGCUGAAAAAAGCAGUGUGGGGUUGACCGACAUCAACGCAAGCCAUGUUUCGGCGUUGCAGGCCACCGCAACGAAGGGAGCAAUUGGUGAGAACGACGCGCCAGAAUUCCUGCUGCGAACGGGAAAUAAACUGCUGGACCAAUUUCAGCCGCAAUAUUUUGGAAUGGCAUUCCCAUAUGUCUUUAAGUAUUGCACAGGCAUGCCAGACCCUCCGGCAUGGACUGCGAAGGCCCGUUUUAGGCGGCGCCCAGACGCGCCAAGGGUAGAACUGAAGGACUGGGUGAAAAUCAUGGCGCGGCGAUGUGAAGCGCAAGUGGCGCAAGAUAUUGAAGCGGGGGCGACGCAGCUGCUGAAGGCGCUGCAAGGCCACUACAUGGAUAGAAGAGGGAAGCCAAAAGCAGUAAACAUGGAUGUGAGCAAAUUGCAGUAUGUCCGUGGCCUGCGGCCAGCUGCGCGAAAGCUGCUACAAAACAUGCGGCACACCGCGCAAGAAUUACCAGGAACGCAGGAGGCGCGUAGGCGCAUGCGCUUUGAGAUUGAAGCCUUGCGUAUACGUUUUGGCGUCCCACUGUUUGUGACCUUUUCGCCGGAUGAAGCACACCAAAUGCUCUAUGUCCGCAUGGCCCGGACACGCUGUAGUGACCCGGUGCGUGCAGUGUCCCUGUACCAAGACUGGAACGUAGGAGACCGAGAUUAUCCUCCUGUGGACCAUGAGGAGUGGCCAGUGCACUUGGAGAGACUGCAGCGGCUGUUGCCAUGCUGGGAUAUGCGGCGCCAAGCGUUGAUAGUGCGUGCGGUGCAGCGUGCGCAGGAUGCGCAGACAGGGUACUGCGCAGACUAUUGCGCAAAGAACCAGCCAAUGGCCUUCCACGAGAUCAAAGAAAUGCAACGGGGCCACCAACAGUUGCAGCAAGACAUGCGGAAGGAGCCGAUAGAAAAAAUAGGGAAGCGAACCACAGCGCGGUUCUUAAGUGACGCAUACUGCAAAGGCAUUGUGCGAGGGCAAGUCGAGUGUUGCAACCUGCGCGCAUAUCGAAAGAGCAGCUGCGUGGUUGCGGCGGAAAGAAUAAGCGCAGCUGCUUGCUGUAGCUUUCCCGGCCGAGCGCUGCUGCAAGCUGUUGACCUGGCAUUCAACGAGGACAGUGGAGAGACCCGCUGUGAGUGGAGGAACGGCGCGGCAAAAGGGGAAGCCAAGUUGGAGGCAGCAACUGCCGAAGAGACGCAAGUUCGGCUGCUUCCAGGGGUGGACUUCCGGAGGAAGAACUCGCCACAAACAGUUGAUAGGGCAUUCUUCCCAGCAAGUGCGGGAGCUGCAAUGCGGCACGGUUGGACCCUGCAGCGCAGGCGCCGGCCGGAGUGCCCUCACAUGGGAAACGCCCCAGUGCCAAACAGGGCCGGGGAGGACACCGACAGCAACGCAAAGCUGACAAUGACGUAUUUUCGUGCAUGGACCUUGGAGAAGCAACGUGGCACCAAGCAUGUGCCAUACAUUAGGCAGUUGCGUGGGCUGGAAGAGACAUGGGAGAAAAGCUUACGAAGGUGGUUGCUGCAAUUGCCAUGCGAAGAGACCAAGCGAUACGUAGGCAAUUUUUUGGCUGUGUAUAGGGUGCGGCCAGAGGCUGACAUGGAAAACAGCGACAAUGAAGACGACAAGGAGGAGUUAACCGUCACCGAAGAGCUAAUAACCGAAGCUUGCCAAACACACGUGCCAGUGAAUGAGGCGAUGAAAGAAAGCAAGUGGUCCAAACAUCGAAGUUUGAUAGUCGAAGCGCUGCAACAGGCGGAGCAGCAGUGGGGGGGUAAGGGCUAUGCCAAACCAAUGCAGAGGGAAGCAGAAAACCCAUAUGUGGACACAGAGUGCAAAGAUAUUGCGAAAGGCUUGCAUCGCAAUAAGACCCCAUCCCUGCAGGGGGCCCGGUGGAGCACCAUGGAGCCAUCCGUCACGCAACGACCUGUCCAGCUGUCAGAAACGCUCCGAAAAUUAGACGCCUGGAGCCAGGACCUCAGGGAAGGCAAAUGCAACUCCCAACAAGCCGAGUUUUGUCGGCGGAUAGUCGAGCAAAUGAAAGCCGAAAUGCAGUCGGCAGAAGGGGCAACACCCGAGCCACUGCGGUGGGCCUUGCACGGCGGGCCAGGCACAGGCAAAUCACACACAUUGAAACUCAUACGAGAAGAGCUGUUCGAGCAGAUCGCUGGGUGGACGCGUGGGUCGCAGUACCAGAUUGUGACGCUGCAAGCGGUCAUGGCAAAUGAUUUGGACGGGGACACCAUUCACCAUGCACUAGGGCUAAAUUGGCAGAGUGCUUCAGACGACAAAAUCAGUGGGAGCAAAUUCUUGGACUUGAGUGCCAAGGCCGUGCAAUGGCGUUGGCUAAUAGUAGACGAAAUCAGCAUGGUCAGCGCAGAGCUUUUGGCCAGGUUGGAUUUGCGAUGCCGGGAGCUGGUGCGAGACCUCGCACAGAGCAAGUAUGCACGAGGAAGCGCUCACGCUCGGCCCUUCGGGGGGUUGAAUGUGAUUUUGGCCGGGGACCUAUGGCAGUGCAAGGAAGAACGAGCGUCAAAGAAACGCGUGGUAGAUACCGCGGGGCACAUGGUCGAAGUGGAGAAAAAGGACCGAGCCAAAGCAAUUUUUGCGACGAACGCAGUGAAGUACCAUGUGAACAAGUUGCGAGCGCAAGAUUGGGCACAGAGGCAGGGUCAAGAAGUGCAGUAUGCCAUCGCAAAAGAUACUAUCUCCAGUCGUGCAUUGCAAGAAAAACCGGAUCUGGGGAGGGAGAAAUUAACGUGGCUGCAGCGACACGACCAAGACUGCGGAGGGUUAUAUGGAGUUUUGCCCUUGUGCGUGGGCAUGCCAGUGACGGCAACAGACCACCUGGACCGCCGCAGAGGCAUACUGAAGGGAUGUCCAGGCCUGGACAAGGACAACGUCUUUCCUGUGACGCUUCAACGGCAACCAUGGCACAUAGACAAAGGCUUUGCAACGACUGCCCACGCCGCACAGGGUCAAACCUACGCAGAGGGGGCAAUAACAGACAUGCAAAUCGGCGAAGGCGGAGACCCCAUGACAGCGUACAUUGCGGUGACACGGGUGAGAGAUAGAGAGGGUUUAUACAUCUACAGACCCUUUGAUGCCUCGCCAUACCAGAAAGGAUGUAGCGUGGGGAGGGCUCUGUUGUUGCAGACCUGGCGUGGGGACUGCAUCGAUUGGGCAACGGUACGCAGGCGCUACCGAGAAGAAGAAGCGUGCAGCGAGUGCCGCGAACGCAAGCCCAAAAGCGGGUACACUGCAGGGCAGUGGAAACGGGAAGCAGCCGCGCGGGUGUGCAGAGAAUGCGUGCGUAACCAUGCGGCAAACAACACGCCGUGGCAAUGCAGCGUAUGCAAAGCAUGGCAGGACGAGGCCGCCUUUGCAGAGCAAUACGCGCGCCCGCAGUGCACUUUCUACCGCGUGUGCCACACGUGCGAAGUGCAGAAGCCGUGCUGCAAGUGCGGCGUGGCAAAGCCGGCGAGCGCGUUUGGAGCUUCUGCGUGGAAGGCGCGACAUGCAGACCGACGUUAUUGCAAGGAGUGCGCAGUGAAAGUGACCGGUCAUUGGCGCUGCGGAGUGUGCAGUGCGCAAAAAGCACGCGAGCACUUCAGCGCGUGGACACGGCAAAGCACGAGGCAAAAUGGAAAGCAGCGUAAUGGAAAGCAGCGUUGCAAUCCGUGCUUCCAGGCAAGGGAAAUCCGGGCGGCUGCAAAGAAGGCAAAGGGCAGACUAGACAAGCUGCGAGUGCAGGACAAGAGACAGCAGGUAAUGAGGUGCAUUCGGGCAGAAAGCCCGGACAGCGUACGGCCGUUGCUGCGAAGAAGCGUGAUGCGACAAGCGAUACGCCGUGCGACUGCAUGGCAGACGAAGGUAGCGGAGGAAAAGAGACAGCAAGUCAUAGCUCUUGUCAGGGAAGAGAUCGCUGACCGUGCGCAACAGAGGAAAACACAACCAGAGAAGCAAGCAGAGCCGACAGAGACAAAGACCCCACCCCGCAGAGCGACGACGCGAGCAGCGUCGGAAGAGCCAGCAGCAAAGCGCGCAAAACACGAGUCGGUCAGAAACAAUAUGCACACAGAGCAAAAACGGAGGAGGGCAGAGGGAACGGACCAGAUGCGAGGUCCACCCGAAGAGACGCAGGCCACGGCGACAGCCGCGCAGGAAACAAACGCAGCGCCGGCAAAGUUACCUGGACGGAAGGCCGCGAAGGAAAUGUUCCAAUAUGCAUGUCCUGUUUGUGAGGCGUCGGUGAGCAGCAGCGUGCGCACAGGUUUGCUAACUGGUUAG